AUACGAUUUGUUUCUCUUGGUUCACUGUCCUGGAAUAUAUUACUGACAUUACUCAGCUUCUAGAUGCGAAAGACAGUGAAUAUGUAUUCUUUUCGUAUAAGAUUCGUAUAAGCUUCCAUAUAUCGAGUGAAGCUUAAUUAUAACUGUUAAUCAAAAUCGUGAAAUAUAUAUACAGCAUUGACAUAUCGGUCAAAUAAAUUCCAAUUAAACAUGAUACCGCCAAAAGAUGAACCGUUAUGGUCUGAUAUCGCACUUCGUAUGUUAAUGAAUACCGUUUCACAUCCCAUUGAAUACGCUAAAGUUUUAAUACAGAUCGGAUAUGAACCGAUUCCACCACGACCAACAACUACUUUAUUUGGACAACCGGCUUUAGCUCUACCUAACGUAUUUCAAUACGUUAGGUACAUAAAAAAUGUAGAUGGAUUUACUGGCUGUUAUCGUGGUCUUAUUCCAAAAUUAUGUGCCUAUACUAUGAGUGCAGUAGCUUUUGAAAAAACUUCUAAAUCUAUUAAAUUUAAAGAUGAACCAAGUAAAGAAAUUUAUGAUUGUGAUUUAGAAGAAAGUCAGAAACAUAAAAAAUAUAUAUAUGAAUUCAUAAGAGACCUGAUUAGUAGAAUGAUUGGAAUCAUAGUUAGUCAUCCAUUAGAUGUCAUUGCAUUAAGAAUGAUGGCACAAUUUGUUGGUGGAGAAACAAAAUACAAGUAUAUAAUUAAUUUAAUAUCAUUUGUGGAAGUAUAUAAAGAGAAUGGUAUCAUGGGAUAUUAUGCUGGAUUAUUGCCUCGCCUUAUUGGAAAUGCUGCUGUACUAAUGCUAGUCAGUUCAUCUACUUAUGCUAUUGAUAAAUACAUUAUAAGUGAUCGCGAAUUAAAACCAUAUGCUGUUUCCACCAUAAGGUUUAUAGCAACGACAAUUACAUACCCAUUUUUAGUAGUGUCACAUUGUAUGGCAAUAAAUAAUUGUGGGUUAAUUGCUGGUCUUCCUCCACAAAUGCCAAUUUACAAUAGCUGGUUAGAUUGCUGGUCUCACCUUUCAGCUACCAAUCAGUUAAAAAGAGGAAAUAGCCUUUUAUGGCGUUAUUAUACAGGACCACAAGUGAUAAUUAAUGGAAAACCAAUACCCAUUAAUAAAUACAAUUUUCAUUUACAAAGCACAACCUAGUAAUAAGAUGUUGCAUUUAUUUGUAUUUGAAAGACCAAUAGAAAAUCACUUUUGUGCUAUGUACUUUUUUUUAAAUUUAUUGCUACAGUA